UCCGGGCUACAGCCGCAUCGUUUUUUUCUUUCUUUCUUUCCUUUUUUUUUCCCCCUCAAACAAGUUUGUUUGUCGCUCGUUAUUCGUUCCCCUGUAGCGUUCUUCUUGCUUACGCGCGUUGAGUCCAUUUCUGAUGCCCUGUCCUCGUCCUCAUCCUCGCUGUGAUUGCGUUCAUUAAGUAGUGGAAUUGAGUUUGUGUCAAAAGAAGAAAAAAGAAAAAAGAAAAAAAAAAAUCAAAUGGCAAAUGAGCCAAGGUCAUAUCUAUGUGGUUUAUUCUGCUCUAGACCAAGACGGGCUGCGAGGCCGACCGGCGAGAAUGGAUUGCAAGGAGUCGAAUUCUCCCCAAGGUCAUCUAUUGCGAGUUCGGUGGCUCCUGUAGCCGUCGCAUCCUCAUCUUCCACGCAGCCGCAUCGUCCCGCAGCCGCCCUCAAUAACCCGGAACUGGCUGGAUACUACUCGCCUCCAGCAUCCCAGGUCAUGUCGCUACCAAACCCGGCUCAGGAAUUAAGGGGUUACUACGCUCCUGAGCCGGCGCCUAUCCCGCGGCCGAGGGUACAUCCUACGAAGGUUGCUUAUUCGUGAAGUUAUGGGCAUUUCGCCAUCUUGCUUAGACAUACAAUUAUCAUACCCCUAUCUACAUAUUAAUCCUAUCUUGCGUCAAGAGAAAACCUCUAGGAGUUGUUCAUCUAUGCAGCUAAAAAUCUAUUCGACUUUAAAUAGAAUUAGUUCCCGUGCAGGAUUUAAAUGCGCUGCGUGGGAACUAUAAAUAUGGCUUUCUCAUGACGAGAUCAAGGUAAAACCUCUUGGUAGAUGGAAACAUGGGAGUCUACCUACCUGGUACAUUUUACAUUUACACAUGUGGUAAGUUCAGCGGCUGUGCUCGUUGUUUUAUUUGUUUGCUCUAGCUACCUCUUGAAACCAGGAGGCAAAGUAUUAGUUGGGUACCUUCGGUAGGCACACUUGAUGAUAAUAAGGCCCAAGGGUAUGAAGAACCCAAUGUCUAACCACAAGUACUCGAUUAUCA